AUGUUUAUUGUUUAUGUACAUUAAAUUAUUACAGCACUUUAAACUUUAUUUCAUUUGCGUUUCAUAUUUCGGAUCAUAGACAUGAUUUUACCAUUAACACUAUUAAUACUUAUUUUCAUCUAUAUUUAUUCAACACGAAAUCACGAUUAUUGGAAAAAAAGGAAUGUUAAAUAUGAAAGACCCUUACCAAUAUUCGGAAAUCAUUUUAAAACACUUUUUGGAAUGAAAGGUUUAGUUGACAUUUCAACUAGAAUUUACAACAAAUAUCCAGAAGAGAAAGUGUUCGGAUACUUCCGGGGACCAACUCCUGAGUUAAUAAUCAGGGAUCCAGAUAUUGUUCGAGAUAUUUUGAGCGUAGACUUCGCAUACUUCCAUCCACGUGGACUAAGUAGAAAUACCGAGAUAGAGCCACUGUUCAAAAAUAUUUUCCACGCUGAUGGUGACUUAUGGAAAUUAUUGAGGCAAAGACUGACUCCAGCAUUUACAACUUCUAAAUUGAAAAACAUGUUUCCACUUAUAGUGAAGUGUGCAGAGAAACUUGAACACGUUGGAAAAGAAAUUAUAGAUGCAGGUGGAGAGUGUGAUGUGCGCGAACUUAUGGCGCGUUUCUCAACAGAAUUCAUAGGAAGCUGUGGUUUUGGCAUUGAAAUGGACACAAUAAACAAUGAAAAUUCAAUUUUUAGAAAAUUAGGAAAGAAACUUUUUGCUCGUUCACUGAGGGAUGUUUUUCUGUUAAUGCUAUUGGACAUUUUUCCACAGAUAAAAAGAUUCAUCCGAAUCACUGAUAAGAAUUUAGAAGAAACGUUUACUAGCAUAAUGAUGAAAAUUUUUGAACAACGAAACUUUAAGCCUUCCGGAAGGAAUGAUUUCGUCGAUCUUGUGUUAGAUUUAGCUGGGAAGGGAAAAAUUGUAGGUGAUUCUGUCGAACACCGAAAUUCAGACGGUUCUCCUAAACAAAUCGAAUUAGAAAUUGAUUUAUCGUGCCUCAUUGCCCAAAUAUUUCUAUUUUUUAUAGCUGGCUUUGAAACAUCUUCGUCAAGUACUAGCUAUACAUUACAUGAACUUGCGUUUAACAUAGACGUACAGGAAAAGGUACAAGACGAGAUUGACCGGGUACUUUUAAAGUAUAAUAAUCGUUUGUGUUAUGAGGCUGUUGCAGAAAUGACACUUUUAGAAAUGGCAUUUAAAGAGGCGAUGAGAAUUCUACCGCCAGUGGGGAACUUGAAUAGAAUGUGUGCUUAUAAAUAUACAAUUUCUAAACUUGGAAUAACCAUAGAUCCUGGUGUAAAAAUAUUAAUUCCUAUACAAGCCUUGCAAAAUGACAAGCUUUAUUUCGAAAAUCCCGAAGUGUUCGAUCCAGAAAGAUUUGUAAAUUUAAGAACGAAUGAAAUCAACAAAUAUGUUUUCAUGCCCUUUGGAGAAGGUCCACGAGCGUGCAUAGGCGCUCGGCUGGGUCAAAUGCAGUCUCUAGCUGGACUUGCGGCUGUGUUACACAAGUUCUCAGUGGUACCAUCAGAGAAAUCCAAGAGGAAAUUAAUAAUGAAUCCUCGACUUAAUUUAAUACAAGGUGUUUUAAAUGGAAUCCCUCUUAAACUUGAGUUACGUAAGAAAUAA